GUGGGGGGGGGGGGCACAGGAAAAGGCUGCUGCAAUUGGCGCUGCCACCGAGGCCUCACUUCCUCCUCAGUCACGUAGUCUCUCUCUCCUCUCCUGUCCUUGCAACCCUCCAUCUCCCACCCCACACUCCCACUCCCUUCCCAUCGGCGGCCUCUCCAGGUUGGGUUUUGGGGGCGCUCCUCGGGUUGGGUUCGGGGUUUGGUCGGCGGCGGCGGCGGCGGGGGUUUGGGGAGGCAACCGGCGAUAUUCUGUUGAGAGUGAGCGCGCGGCUUGCAGGUGGAGGCUGUGAGAAUAGAUCUAGGCGGUUGCUUGCGGGCCGCUGGAAGAUGGGGUUCAUCCCGGCGAAGCUGCUGCCGUCGUGCGAGAGCAUGUGCGUGUGCUGCCCUGCGCUGCGCCCGAGCUCGCGCCGCCCCGUCAAGCGGUACAAGAAGCUGCUCGCCGAGAUAUUCCCCAAGACGCCGGAUGGCGCCCCUAAUGAGAGGAAAAUCAUGAAAUUGUGUGAAUAUGCUGCCAAGAACCCUUUGCGCAUACCAAAGAUCGCCAAGUUUCUAGAACAGAGGAGCCACAAGGAGCUGCGUGCCGCUCAUGUGAACUUUGUCAGAAUCAUCACUGAAGCUUACAGCAAACUACUCUUCAUUUGCAAGGAGCAGAUGACAUAUUUUGCCAUUAGCCUGGUGAAUGUCCUUACCGAGCUUCUGGAAAGCAAGCAAGAGAACAUUCAAAUCCUUGGGUGUCAAACCUUAGCGAGGUUUAUCAACAGCCAGAUAGACAAUACAUAUGCACACAAUAUUGAGAGCUUGGUUCGCAAAGUGUGCGUUCUUUCACGUCAACAGGGCGAGGAGCAUAGUCUUCUAAGGGCAGCAAGCUUGCAGUGUUUGUCAGCAAUGAUCUGGUUCAUGAAGGAGCAUUCAUACAUGUUUGCUGAUUUUGAUGAGAUAGUGCAAUCGGUCUUGGAAAACUAUAGAAGGGAGGAAUCUGCUACUGCUGGUGGUGAAAGACAUGCAUCACAGCAUAAUUGGGUUGAUGAAAUAGCAAGGUGUGAAAGUAGACCUGGCUUAGGUGGAGGUAAUGAUGUGAAUUUCAGCAGUACAACAAUUAGACUGCGACCAACAAGGGAUUCUUCAGCUCUGACCAGGGAGGAAUGUGAAUCUCCCGAAGUAUGGUCGCAUAUUUGUGUGCAGAAGCUUGCAGAAUUGGCUAAAGAGAGUAUAACUAUGCGGCGUAUCUUAGAUCCAAUGCUUUCGUACUUUGAUAUGAAGAAACAAUGGGCUCCUCGACAUGGAUUGGCUUUGCUUGUGUUGUCUGAUAUGGCUUAUCUGGAGAAGAGUUCAGGCAAUGAGCAAUUGAUUUUGACUGCUGUCAUCAGGCACCUGGAUCACAAGAAUGUUUUACAUGAUCCUCAGACAAAAUCAAAUAUUAUUCAGACAGCAACAUCCUUGGCACGACAACUGCGAUCACGAGGAGUUGCUGCUGAACUUAUAGUAGCAAGCGACCUGUGCAAGCACUUGAGGAAAACACUUGAGGCCGUGGAGUCUGCCUGUGUUGAAGAGCUGAACUUGAAUGAAUCUCUUCAAACCUUCCUGGAGGACUGCCUUCUGGAAAUUGUUAGAGGGAUUAAUGAUGUGCGACCGCUCUAUGACAUGAUGGCAAUCACAUUGGAGAAUUUGCCUUCGAUACCAACUGUUGCCAGAGCAACGAUCGGAAGUUUGCUGAUCCUUUCACACAUGAUCUCGCUGACAUCAAUGUCAUCUAAGACUCCUAUGCAGGUAUUUCCAGAAGCACUCCUCCAGCAGAUACUGAAGUCCAUGGUACAUCCUGAUGUUGACACUCGUGUGGGAGCACACCACAUGUUCUCCGCUGUUAUUGUCCGGGGACCAAGCCAUCCGAGGAAUGAAUCAGAGUACCUAUAUGAAACAAAAAAGUGGCAAUCUCGGACUACAUCAGUAUUUGCUUCAGCUACUGCACUACUGGAGAAGCUGAUGAAAGAAAAAGAGAGUUCGGAUAAGCCUCGAAAUGUGAUGCAUGAUGAUGUAAAGGAAAGAAACAUGCACGAAGAGAACAAACAUGUUUGGGCACGGAGAAAUUCGGCUUAUUUUUCAAAGUUGGUUUUCUCGUUCACUGAUCGAUGCGCGCCACUAAAUAGCUCUGCAGAGGGGACCAAUAUUUCCAUGUUAACUGAAGAUCAGACAAAUCAGUUGCUGUCUGCAUUCUGGAUACAGGCCAAUCAGACAGAUAAUACUCCUUUUAAUUAUGAGGCGAUUGAUCAUUCAUACAGCCUCACUGUUCUUUCUUCCCGCCUAGAGAAUUCAAGCCACAGUAAUAUCAUCCAGUUUUUCCAGUUGCCACUGUCCCUUCGGAGUAUUGCUCUAACCCCUAAUGGAGUCCUACCUGCUUCUUGCCAACGGUCAAUUUUUAUCUUAGCAACGAGUAUGCUGGCUUUUGCUGGAAAAGUCUUUCAUAUUACUGAACUUGCAGACUUGCUAAGGUGUUUUACAUCUUCCAAUAUUGACCCUUACCUAAGAAUUGGUGAAGACUUGCAACUCUAUGUAAGGCUGCAAUCAGAUCUAGGCAACUAUGGUUCUGAAAGCGAUCAAGAAGGUGCCAAAUCCAUACUUUCUGACUGCAGGACGAAAGUGGGGAUUAAUGAUCAGCGCGUACUUGAUGUUACCGCUUCUGCACUUUCUAGUUUCACUGAGAUGGGCAAGGAUGUACUAGCAAAGGAGCUCACUGAGAUGUUCACACCUGAAGAAGUGCCCUUAUUUGGGUCAAGUUCAGCACUUGAUUGGGCUAACUUUCAUUUGCAGGCAUUUUCUGAUGAAUCCCUUUCUUUUGAUGAGGAGUGUUCUAGAACCUCUUCAGUAGACUGUGGCUUGCACGAGUCACCAAUUACCAACACUGCUAGCUUCAUCUCAAAGAUUACUCUACCACAAUCUGUUCCCCAUGUCUUAGGUGUUGGUCAAUUGCUGGAAUCGGCGCUACAUGUGGCUGGUCAGGUCGCAGGUGCAUCUGUUUCAACCUCACCCCUUCCGUACGGUACAAUGACUAGUCAAUGCGAAGCCCUAGGAUUGGGCACUAGGAAGAAGCUAUCAAGCUGGCUUGUCAAUGGCCACGAAUCGACUCAAGACAAUCCUAUGCCAAGUCUUCCCAUUGCCCAUCAUUCCAUUAUUCCAAAGGUAAAUUCUUGUGGUUUUGAGAGCAUUCACCGUACGUCAUCAGAGCCAUGUUCCACAGUGAAGCUUCCACCCGCCAGCCCCUUUGAUAACUUCCUAAAGGCUGCCUAUCGCACCCAGCCGGAGCUGUGAUCAGCCUUGCAGAUCACCUAACCCUCCAUGAGUGCUAGACUGAAGUAUCUAAAUACACUAGGUUAUCUUAUAUAUGGAACUCUGGGCCGCUGUAGGCCUGUAGUUAUCAGUGGUUUUAAUUGUUGUAGCGUAUGUAAGAUCAUGCGUAUCUCUCUGUGCUAGAUGGCUGUAGCGUGUAUCUAUGAUCAUGUGUAUCCUUCUGUAGUCAGUUGUAACCUUUGUUGUUUGUUCAGACUAUAAGAUGUAGGAGAAUUCCGGAUACUUACAUAUUUCGGACUCCUGUUAUCUACUGCUGUGUUAUGCUAUUUUUGUUUGUGAA